CACCAGUCUGACCUUCUUUUUCCCAAUGCAGACUUAAGUUAUUUGUAUUUUAUAGACAGCAUCCUUGCAAACAGUGUGCAUCAGAACGCCGAUGUGUUCGUACCCAAUUCAAGGAAGCCUGCAUUCUGCACCAGCAUGCCUUUUGCUGGCUUACAAAUAUGUUUGCAAGGCUGGAAAAGUCAGUCAGUGGGAGCAAAGCAAUGGCUCGAGCAGCAGUUGUUACACAUAAGUCCAUGUGUGUAUGUAUGAUAGCCAUUAUGAUCUUUUCCCCUUUAUUUUCUCUAUGUUAAUAAAAUGUUUUUAAACUCCCAUCCACUAGUUCUACUUGAUCCCCUAUGCCCCAGUCUAUCCUCCUUGUCCUGGGAACUGCGGGCCAAGCCAUCAACUGCGCAGGGCUAAACUGUCUCCUAGGUUAAACCACAUCAGAACAGAGAAGCAAAAUCACCAACCCCAAUGAUUACAGCCACAUUACCACAGAAGAAACAAUAAAUUGUUUCAUCCCUUAAAUCCAAAGAAAGACACUACUGACAUACCAGACUCGCAUGCUUAACAAUAUCAAUGACUAAAGACAAUUAACAUUAUAACAAAAGAACAGAAAUAACUUUAUUCUUACUGGGGAGCAGAGGGAAGGGGGAGCAAUCAGUCAUAAACACAUUUUAAAAUAGUAGAAAGGAAAAGGUUUAUCGCUCAUUGCCCCCUUAGUGUCAUGUACUGCAUUAUUUUGAAUUAUAAGUGGGGAAAAAGAUGAAAUUGAAUGAAGUAGGUUCUGUUUGUGUAGUCUUAAAAAGCAGUUUUGCCUUUGUUAUGGACAGCUGCCCACAGAAGUUAUGGAGUUUCAUUCUCUAGGGAUAUUCAGAACCUACCCAGAUAUCUGCCUGUGUGACCUGCUGUAGGGAACCUGCUUUGGCAGGGAGCUUUGGACAUGAUGACCCACAGAGGCCCCUUCCAACCCCUAUGAUUCUGUGAUUCAUUAAUCUUUCUGAGAUCCUCAGUUCUGGGAAAGAAACUAACCUUGCAAUGGAGGCUUAGUAUACGUUUCCAGUAAGCAGCCAAGUCCAAUGAAGUUUAUUUUGUUUGUACUAUGAUGAGAUUUUCCACUCCUUCUAAUAUAUUCCCAAAGUAACUGCAAAGCUAACCUAUGAAAUCAUACUAGCUGCUUUCAGGUCAAUGAAUGAUGUGCACACGUGUAUAUGAGCAUGGUGCUGAAGUGAUACUGUACAGAACAGAAGCAAUUCUCAAAUGAACCCAGGAAACUCAAGCUCUUAUAUUUAUAAGCUUACCUUUUCAGUAUAAUUAUUCCUGUGUCUUAUGAAAUUUAAUAUCAGUACCAGCUCAGUUCCCGUAACCACUGUUAAAGUCAAAAAGUCAUCAGUAAAGUUCAGCAGGGGAUAGUCAACAUCCAGAACAAUUCUGAGCUGCUGUAGUUCCAUCAGUGACAUGCUGCCAGCAUCUCCUCUUGGUCUGAGGGUGUCAAAGGAAUAUUAUAUCCAACACAUUUUUAAGUAUGUAGCUUCAUUCAACUUAUCCAAAGGGCCUGAGCUUUCAAGUUUUAAUGAAACUUUGAUACAGAAAUAAACCCCAAACUGAUCUGCAAGUUUCCACAAGGAGAAGUGUUUGGUUUUCAUUCUCAGAUGCAAACUCAAAGAAGAUAGCAUGGCAGAUUGUGCGUAAAAAGACUGAAAGUGUUCAGGUGGUGUGAGGAUGUUCACCAGAGAGUUGACGUUCAUAAAGAACUCUAAUGAGUGUCACUUUAAAUAUGAGAUUCUCUGAGUAUCUAUUUUGUUUUCAUCUGAAGUUCUGCCAUUGUUUAACAAACUGCUCAGCAGCCAUUAGUGAAGGAGGGGACCAUUUACACAAAGGCAAGCUAAUGGGCAAAAAUAUGCAAGUAAUUUGGAAGAGUGAAGUUGUGGAGUGAGCAUCCCUGAGAUUCAUCUGGAUGAUGUUGUGACAGGGAUCCCCUGCCUGCCUUCAGCCGCCUUCUGGAAGGGCAGACAGCUCAGUGACAGCUAUGAGAUCAGCACAGGAAUUUGUUUGGUGUGCUUAAGAGAUCGGUAACAACCUCUCCUAACGUGACUGCGUUGCGAGGUGACAGUGUCUCCCUGGAGACACUGAAUCCAUAGAGCACCAGCCUGGACCCUGGCAGGUCACCUCUCCUCAGAGGGUUCCGAACUGCCUCCCUGUGCAAGGGAAAAGAUGGGAAGAGAAGCGCUGUCUGUGCACGAAUAGCCUUAUGCGAGAUGCGAGGACUUUAUGCAACAGCAAGACAUGUCGGAAAGUUCUUCAGGUCUGACUACGAGCAAUCAAAACUUCUGUACAUCCUAUUCAACCUGCUGCUCCAUCCUCAGUGACGUACACGCUGUUCCACCAGUUUUAUCACUGAACAGAGGAUUCAUCAGGCAGAGCUGUGACUCAGAGCUAUCUUCUCCACUUCCUUCUGAUCCCUUCAAGUAUCUCAGCUGGUAUGACAUAGAGGAACAUGAUGUUCGAGGAAGUCAGCUUCAUUGUCCCCGAGUGAGAGAAGGGCCUUCCGAAGAAGAGCUAUUUUUCAGAGGAGAAGAACAUACCUUGAGAAAAAGAAAACAAGUAACUGACACAGAGAAGUGGCAAAAGAAACUGCAAGAGAACUGGGAAAACUGUGCUGAGCUGAACCUCUCAUUUCAGGACUUGGGUAAUCUUUACCAGGUGGAAAACUUCAGAAGGAUUCUCCAUAGAUUGAUACGGGUGGAAAGACUUUGGUUGGUGGACAAUUCUUUGACAGACCUAAGUGCCAUACGGUUGCCAAGAUGCAGAGAACUAAAUGUCAAUAAAAACUACUUUACAUCCUUCAGACAGCUGCCAAAGUUACCUCAGAUUCAGCACCUGUCACUGGCUGAAAAUAACAUUAUGACACUGAGUGGAAUAUCAGACUUGAGACAUACUCCACUUGAAUCCCUUGUACUCAAGAGGAAUCCCUGUGAGUUUCAAGAAAGCUACAGGCAACAUGUAUUCUCCAGUUUGCCAAAUCUGAAAAUACUGGAUGGUGUCCCAAAACUGCCAGAGGACUGUUCACCCCCAGAUACCAGUUUUCUCCCCAGAAUGUGCACUGUACUCUAGCACUGCAUUUGUGUGGGAUCACAGCUGUGCUAGAAUCAUCUUACUUAAAAGAAUCAAUAAAUUCUGUACAUGGAAAUUA